UACGCAUGCAUGCGACCGACGGGCUGGUUUCAUAACGCGGAGAGGAAGGCAGGAAUGGGGCUUUGAGAGCGGACGAGCAGCAGACCCGCUCGGUUCUAUGCACCAACAGUGCCACCUCCGUUCCCGGGCCGUGCGGGCGGCGCGCCCACAGGAGACGCGGUAGUGGAGGCUGCUGCUGAUGCUGCUGUGCGAUCAGCUGGGGGUUUUUUUUUCGUCUUGAGCAUCAUCGCCGCGACGGCCACCGAGACACCGAGACACCGAAGCUCCGCAGCCAGGGAGACACCGCGGGAACACGGGCCACACAGGAUGGAGUUCAAGCGUCUGGUGGAGGCGGCGGAGAAGUGGUGCUCCGGUAACCCGUUCGACCUCAUAUUCGCCGAGGAGGACGACGAGAGGCGGCUUGACUUUUACGCGGAGCCCGGCGUCUCCUUCUACGUGCUGUGUCCCGGCGGCACCGACAGUUUCCACGUGUGGAGCGAGAGCGAGGACUGCCUUCCCUUCCUGCAGUUGGCCCAGGACUACAUCUCCUCCUGCGGGAAGAAGACCCUGCUGGAGGUGCUGGAGAAGGUCUUCACGUCCUUCCGGCCUCUGCUGGGUCUGCCGGACAUAGAAGACGACAGCUUCGAGCACUACCACGCUGACAUGGAGGGGGAACCAGGGCCCGACCACCAGCAGAUGGGGGUCAGCCAGCAGUGAUUCGCCCCCCCCCCCCCCCCCCCCCCCGUCCCCGCUCAGUAUGGAGGAUCCAGCCCAAACGCUAAACAUCACGCACGUGCUGAGGGGACAACUCGCUGCACCACCACAUGUUUUUCAUGAAUGUCUCAGUGGCUUUGCUUCCCAAAGAGUGCACUGUGUUGACCCCCCCCCCCCCCCACCCGCCCUUCUCUCUCCCCCCCGCCCAAACACACGCACACACAUUGGGGCUACGUGAGCCUCACGAUGCAACAAUCAUAAUCAUUCACCAUCUGGAUAGUUCUAAGUUCUACAGCACAGCGAUAUUGCAUCAGCCUCCGCUGGGUUUGUUAUGUGCUGAGAAACAGUCAGAUGUUCCCGCAAUGCACCCCCCCCCCCCCCCACACACACACACACACACACACACACCGCCCUCCCCCUUGGCUUUGCAGAUGAAUGUGACAGAUAACCGACCCCAUCGGCCUGUCUUGAAGCAGAGGAUACACGAGAGCAGUUUUUCUUUUGUGGCGGCCGCUGAGGAGGAAGAGGAAGAGGGGAGGAAGGAGGCCCGAGGGGGGGGGGGGG